UCUCCCGCAGAUUUCUUGCUCAACACCCCAAGCUCGCUCAGCUCUUCCUCCUUUUCUGCUCGUCUCCUCUGCUCUUCCCCACACAUCAAUCAAUCAUUAUAAUGUCGGCGAUGGUACUAGACCCGAAACCCGCCCCAGCCACCGAGCCAAGAUCCGACCUUGUUCUGGACCCGUCAACCAUACCCAUCGAAGACGACGAUCUUUACAGUCGCUUAAAGUCUCUCCAAAGGCAGCUCGAAUUCAUCGAAAUUCAAGAAGAGUAUGUGAAAGAUGAACAGAAGAAUUUAAAGCGAGAACUCCUCCGUGCGCAGGAAGAGGUGAAGCGGAUCCAGUCGGUGCCGCUUGUAAUCGGGCAGUUUAUGGAGAUGGUGGAUCAGAAUAAUGGGAUUGUUGGGUCUACUACGGGUUCGAAUUAUUAUGUCAGGAUUUUGAGUACGAUUAAUAGAGAGUUGUUGAAGCCGUCGGCUUCUGUGGCGUUGCAUCGUCACUCUAAUGCUCUCGUUGAUGUUCUGCCGCCGGAGGCUGAUUCUAGUAUUUCUCUGCUUAGUCAGAGUGAGAAGCCUGAUGUUACUUAUAAUGACAUUGGAGGAUGUGACAUUCAAAAGCAGGAAAUUCGCGAGGCAGUUGAGUUGCCACUAACUCACCAUGAGCUGUACAAACAAAUUGGUAUCGACCCGCCUCGUGGUGUCUUGCUCUAUGGUCCUCCUGGAACUGGAAAAACUAUGCUUGCUAAGGCCGUAGCUAAUCAUACAACAGCAGCCUUUAUUAGAGUUGUUGGCUCUGAGUUUGUUCAGAAGUAUCUGGGCGAGGGUCCCCGCAUGGUUCGUGAUGUUUUUCGUCUUGCUAAAGAGAAUGCCCCGGCAAUUAUUUUUAUUGAUGAGGUAGAUGCUAUUGCUACUGCUAGGUUUGACGCUCAAACUGGAGCUGAUAGAGAAGUUCAGCGUAUUCUGAUGGAGCUCCUGAAUCAGAUGGAUGGGUUUGAUCAGACAGUAAAUGUCAAGGUCAUAAUGGCAACUAAUCGGGCUGACACUUUGGACCCUGCACUUCUGCGUCCUGGAAGACUUGACCGGAAAAUCGAAUUUCCUCUGCCUGAUAGACGGCAGAAGAGGCUUGUUUUCCAGGUUUGCACUGCAAAAAUGAAUUUAAGUGAUGAGGUGGACUUGGAGGAUUAUGUGUCUCGACCUGAUAAAAUUAGCGCUGCUGAGAUUCAAGCUAUUUGCCAAGAAGCAGGCAUGCAUGCAGUUCGCAAGAACAGGUAUGUCAUACUUCCUAAGGACUUUGAGAAAGGCUACCGAACCAAUGUGAAGAAGCCUGACACUGACUUUGAGUUCUACAAGUGAUAUCUGGAAGCACGCACAUCAUUUAUCAUACAACUCGUUGCUCGUGUUGGUGAAGUUAUGUAGGCAACAAACAAUCUGCUCACCUUUUGAUUUUGUUCUGUGAGAUAUUGAGAAGAAGAUUGCAUUAUGUAGUUUGGUUUUAUAUGCAUUUGGAAUCGUUUUCUCGUUUCAACUCGAUAUAUUUUCUGUUUUACAUUGUGUUUAGAUGAUUUAUGAAGCUGGACAUUAUCACU